UGUGCCUGUGUUUGUUACUACUAGCCCCUUCAAAUUGCCGCGCGGGCUGCGAGAACAGUCGCUUUGUGACACUUACGUUUUGCGUUGGCCAGUCAAUGGAAAUCAUCCACCCUCCUCCAGGGUAAUUCCAGCAAGGUGCUUCGCACGCCAUCCGACUGGGGAAAUAAAGGGAGCGCUUGCACUCCUUCCUCUUCGAUUCACGCUGAUCGGGGCGUGCGCAAGCUCCCUUUGCAGCGUAAGCUCAAAUCUAACCGACGCGCGGGAUGAGGCGCGCAGUUCCCGUUUCUUCGUCGGCUGCGGCCGGGGAUGCAGCCUCCCCGCCGUUGCGCGCGGGUGGAGUGAGGUCCAGGGGUUCACCGUCCCUGUGGCUGGGCUUGCUCCUCGUCCUGGUCCAUGCCUCAUGGCUCGUCCACCGUGUUCAGUACGACAGUCUCCCUCCCCCCCUCGACGCUGACCAGGCGGGCAAGCGCGGCUUCUCCGAGUUGUCGGCCCUCGAGCACGCUCGGGCCUUAACGGAUUUGGGUCCGCAUCCCCUCGGGUCGGAUGCGCUCGAUCGUGCUGUGCAGUAUGUAUUGGCAUCUGCGAAAAGGAUAAAGGAAUCUGCCCACUGGGAGGUUGAUGUUCAAGUCGACCACUUCUUGGCCAAGCCUGGUUUUAGCCGACUUAUUGGAGGACUCUUCAAGGGGAGAACAUUGGUAUAUUCAACUCUGCAACAUGUAGUGUUGAGAAUAUCACCAAAAUAUCUCCCGGAAGCAGACGAAAAUGCAAUUUUGGUUUCUUCCCAUGUUGACACCGUUUUCUCAACUGAAGGUGCUGGUGAUUGUAGUUCUUGCGUUGCUGUCAUGCUAGAGCUUGCCAGAGGGGUUUCUCAGUGGGCUCAUGGAUUUAAGCAUUCCAUCAUUUUUUUGUUCAACACGGGUGAGGAGGAGGGUCUUACUGGUGCUCACAGCUUUAUAACACAGCAUAAAUGGAAGGAUACCGUGCGUUUUAUUGUUGAUUUGGAGGCUAUGGGUGUAGGCGGGAAGUCAAGUAUUUUCCAGAGUGGGCCAGAUCCUUGGGGAAUUGACAAUUUUGCAGCUGUUGCCAAAUAUCCAUCUGGCCAGAUAAUUGCACAGGACAUAUUUCGUUCUGGGAUGUUAAAAUCUGCAACAGAUUUUCAAGUUUAUGAGGAAGUUGCUGGCCUCUCUGGUCUUGAUUUUGCAUAUGGAGAUUAUAGCGCUGUUUAUCAUACAAAGAAUGAUAAGAUGAAGCUUUUGAAGGCAGGAUCUCUUCAGCAUCUUGGGGAAAAUAUGCUUGCCUUUCUAUUAAAGGGAGCAACUUCUCUUUAUCUUCCAGAAUUAAGAGGCGGGAAAGCUGUAGGAGAAAUGAGCAAAAACCAAUCCAUUUUCUUUGAUAUUUUGGGAUCUUACAUGGUUGUGUAUAGACAAAACUUUGCAACUAUGCUUUAUAAUUCUGUGAUAAUGCAAACCCUUCUCUUAUGGAUAGCUUCACUAAUUAUGGGUGGUUCAUCUGCUGCAAAAUCAUUGUGCCUGUCUUGUCUAGGCACUCUUUUCAUGUGGUUUUUUUCCCUUAGCUUGUCCAUUCUUGUGGCAUUUCUGCUGCCACUUAUGUGUUCUUCUCCAGUGCCAUAUAUUGCACAUCCAUGGUUAGUUGUUGGCUUGUUUGGUGCUCCUGCCCUAAUUGGGGCACUAAGUGGACAACAUCUUGGCUAUCAAGUGCUGCAAAAGUACUGGUACAAUGUUUACUUUGCGAGAUUUUCUCACCCUUCUCCUGGUGAAAUCGAACUAGUCAAGUGGGAGGCCCAAAGAUGGCUAUUCAAGGCAGGCUUAUGUCAGUGGUUCGUAAUUCUGAUAUUGGGCAAUUACUUUAAAGUUGGAUCUUCAUACUUGGCACUUAUUUGGCUAGUUUCACCCGCUUUUGCAUAUGGUCUAAUAGAAGCAACAUUAUCACCUAUGAGAUUACCGAAGCAGCUAAAGGUUGUCACUUUGGUCUUGGGCAUGGUUCUACCAGUCUUGAUUUCUGCUGGUUCUGUAAUUAGAUUGUUGGGAACGUUGAUUGCCAUUAUGGUUCGUUUUGACAGGAAUCCAGGUGGUACACCUGAGUGGCUGGGGAAUGCUGUUGUUGGUUCAUGUGUUGCAGCAGUUGUUUGCCUCGGGUUUGUGUAUCUGCUACCUUACAUACACCCUUCAGGUGGGAAGAAGUCUAUCAUUAUGGUGAAUUUAGCGUUGUUUGUCCUUGCACUUGCAUCAGUAACAACCAAUCUUUUACCGCCAUUUAAUGAUGAUAUUGCAAGAGCUAUGAAUGUUUUACAUGUUGUGGAAGUAACAAAUAAACAUGGUGGGUUGCAAAAUCCAGUAUCGUAUGUGUCCUUGUCUUCCCUGACACCUGGAAAAUUGACAAAAGAAGUCAAGAAUUUGCAUGGUGAAGGUUUUAUCUGUGGAGAAGGAAGGAUUGUUGAUCUAGUGACGUUUACUAUCCAUUAUGGUUGCACGAGUUUUGACAACUCUGAAGCUGGAUGGAGCGAGUCUGAGAUCCCUACAAUGCGUGUUGAAAGUGAUACCAAGGGGAAUGACAGGGUCACAGUAGUAUCAAUUGACGCUAGAAUAUCAACCCGCUGGUUUCUUGCAAUCAAUACAAAGGAAAUUCAAAACUUUAAGCUUGAAGGAGCCUCCCGAGAGUUGGUCCCACGAAGUGACAAAAGCGAUGUGGAUGGAUGGCACAUCAUACAGUACUCGGGCGGGAAGGAUUCGCCAACAGUGUUCAGCUUAACCCUCUUCUGGUUCCGAAACGGUACAUAUUCUUCUCAGGAGGCUGGGGAGCCCCAUUCUCCUCUCUUAAAGCUAAGGACGGACGUGAACAGGGUUACACCUAAAGUAGCACGAGCUAUUGAGAAGCUUCCCUCUUGGUGCUCCAUAUUUGGAAAAUCUACCUCACCCUUCACGUUGUCUUUCCUAAAUACCCUUGAGGUCGAUUUGUAGAGCGUUGGAAGAAGACAACCCAAGCUUGUAUUACCGAAUGCUUUUCUGUUUAUUUUCCUUUUGUUUCUCCACAGCGGUUACAUAUUGUUGCCGAUUUCUGUUUCUCCUUUGCCCA